GAAAACUUAAAUUCAGUCUUUCCAGUUGAUGCAUUGAAAUUUAGCAAGGAGUUCAAAGAUUUAUGAACGAUGAAAGAGAGGCAGUGCAUCGUGAUUUUAUGCGGCUUAUUAGCACAGGUGCAUAGCCACAUUGCAACAAGUUUAGCGUUCAAAGAUAUUUUGCCAGAAGACCAGAAACUUUAUGACAAAAUGAGGCCGCCCAAAAAAGACGGCAACCCUACUGUCGUUUUCUUCCAUGUCACUGUGAUGGGCUUGGAUUCGAUUGAUGAAAACUCCAUGACUUAUGUUGCUGACAUAUUUUUUGCUCAAACAUGGAAAGACUACAGGCUACGACUACCGGAGAACAUGACAUCCGAAUACAGAUUGCUUGAGGUUGAUUGGCUGAAAAAUAUGUGGAGGCCUGACUCAUUUUUCAAAAAUGCCAAGUCUGUGACAUUUCAAACGAUGACAAUUCCAAACCAUUACAUGUGGCUUUACAAAGACAAGACUAUACUGUACAUGGUGAAAUUAACGCUGAGGCUCUCCUGUGUUAUGAAUUUUAUGAUUUAUCCUCAUGACACGCAAGAAUGUAAGCUCCAGAUGGAAAGUUUGUCUCAUACUACUGACGAUAUGAUAUUUCAAUGGGAUCCGGAUGUUCCUUUGGUUGUCGAUGAAAAAAUUGAACUACCACAAUUGCAGCUCGUUAAAAACAAAACAGCAGAUUGCACUCAGGUUUACUCAACAGGGAACUUCACUUGUUUGGAAGUCGUGUUCGUUUUAAAAAGACGACUAGGCUACUAUUUAUUUCACACUUAUUUCCCAACUUGUUUAAUUGUCAUAAUGUCUUGGAUUUCAUUCUGGAUCAAACCUGAGGCAGCACCCGCUAGAGUUACAUUGGGGGUAACAUCAUUGUUGACUCUUUCGACUCAGCACGCAAAGUCUCAAGCGUCUCUUCCACCCGUGUCUUACAUAAAAGCAGUCGAUGCUUUCAUGUCUGUAUGCACAGUUUUUGUAUUCAUGGCGCUUAUGGAAUAUUGCUUGGUCAACAUUGUCCUCGGAGAUAAUGAAGGAACAAAACCACCUGAAAAGAACAGCCAUGACAAAAUAUCGAGCAUGAAUUAUAAAGGAACAAAGGAACUUCGUAACCAUGGACUGCCUCCACCUCCGCCAAGGCCGACGAUAAAUAUCGCAAACAAAAAUAGAAUGAAAGCGAUUAGGAUUGACAAAUUUUCUAGGAUUUUUUUCCCUUUAUUAUUUGCUGCUUUAAAUGUAACAUACUGGUGUCUGUUUGCUGAACACCUGUAAAAAAACCCACAACAAACUUCUUAAAAAUAAUUUGUUAAAGAAGGCAAAAAUUUCACGGUUAGAUAAGUAUUAAUCGAGUCAUCAACACUAGUCACAAAAUAUAUAAACUUUGUCAUUUAAUUGGACAAAAGCUAAAGGUUGACUGCUUUAUCUAUGUUUAUGUAUUAAUAAAGGUUUCUUGACUAGUAGUACUUACGGUAAUGAAUGAAAAAAUUUAUAUAGUGUGCAACAAUCAAAGCUUUUUUUUUAAUACAUGGUUUCAAAGAAAUAAUAUACUUGCAAUGAUGU